AUGCACCGCGCUGGCUCUGUGGUGCAUGCGGUGAGCCGCGGGAAAGUAGUGUUUCGACGAGCUCAGUCGACUGUUACAUCACCAGAAAAGAUCGAAGUGUUUAUUAAUGACAAGAAAAUAUUCGUAGACCCAGGUCUAACCAUCUUACAGGCAUGUGCCUUAGUUGGGGUAGACAUUCCGCGAUUCUGCUAUCACGACCGUCUUUCAAUAGCAGGCAAUUGUCGAAUGUGUCUUGUUGAGGUGGAAAAAAGCAUGAAGCCAGUAGCAUCCUGUGCGAUGCCUGUGAUGAAAGGAAUGAAAGUGAAAACCAAUUCUGACUUCGUUAAAAAAGCUCGUGAAGGGAUUAUGGAAUUUCUUCUUUUCAAUCAUCCACUAGACUGUCCUAUCUGUGACCAGGGAGGCGAAUGUGAUCUACAGGACCAGUCCGUCGCUUUUGGAUGUGAUCGUGGUCGCCUUCAAUGUGAAUACGAUGGGAAGAGAGCUGUUGAAGACAAGAACAUAGGUCCGCUUGUUAAGACUGUUAUGACUCGGUGCAUCCAGUGUACUCGUUGUGUUCGUUUUGCAAAUGAGGUAAAAUUUAAUAAAAAAAAUACUUUUCCUGAAGGUAGUGAUUUUUAUGCUAUUGUUCUUCGUUCACACUUCUUUGGUUGUUUUUCCACAUUUUUUUUAUUUUCCCGUUUAUCAGGCAACAUCAUAGAUUUGUGCCCGGUCGGUGCCCUUACUAGUAAGCCCUACAGUUUUACUGCGCGACCGUGGGAAACACGAAAGACGGAGAGUGUAGACAUCAUGGAUGCAAUAGGAUCGAACAUUGUUUUAUCUCAUAGGACUGGCGAACUGCUUCGUGUCUUACCUAAAAUGAACGACGAUGUCAACGAAGAAUGGAUCAGUGAUAAAACGCGCUUUGCCAUUGAUGGACUCAAAAUUCAACGUUUACUGUGCCCAAUGAUCAAGGAUCAGGAUGGUGUUCUCAGGCAAACUUCCUGGGAGGAGGCACUGUUCACCAUAGCGAAAAAACUUCGCGAUACACCUGCCGAUCUGAGAGCUGCCGUAGUUGGUGGACUGUGCGAUGUCGAAUCCAUGGUAGCAUUAAAAGAUCUCUUCAAUCGGUUCAACUCUGAGAAUUUGUGCACUGAAGAAGAUUUUCCCGCUACAUCUGAUCUAAGGUCCAACUACAUCAUGAACGACACCAUAUGUGGUAUUGAGAACUGCGACGCACUUCUACUUGUUGGAACAAAUCCCCGAUAUGAGGCCCCUGUGUUAAACGCGAGAAUUAGGAAAACUUAUCUUUACACUGAUAUCGAAGUGGCGGUGAUUGGUGGACAGUCAGACCUCACCUAUGAUUAUGAGUAUCUUGGUAACAAUGCAAAAGCCCUUGAUGAUUUGUUAUUAGGGAAGUCGCCAUUUGCCAAAUUCUUGUCGGCUAAGUAUCCCAUGAUUAUCCUUGGGUCUGCUGUAAUACAAGGCGAGAAAGGAGCUUGCCUUCUCGCAAAGGUUCAGCAGUUGUGUGAUAAGUUGCGAAAUGUCGUUAAUGUUUUACACCAAUGGGCAGAUCAGGUGGGAGCAUUGGAUGUUGGAUAUAAAGCUGGAACAGCUGCGAUUCGGAAGAAACCAAUCAAGUUCUUGUAUUUAUUGGGGGCAGAUGAAGGCAAGCUCACACGCCAGAAUCUAGAUCCGUCUGCCUUUAUUGUAUAUCAAGGUCAUCAUGGAGAUAAUGGAGCGGAGAUGGCUGACGUGGUUUUACCCGGCGCUGCCUACACAGAGAAGGAAGGUACAUACGUGAACACGGAAGGGCGUGCUCAAAGGACUCUACCAGCAGUCUCGCCACCUGGUGAUGCUCGCGUAGACUGGAAAAUUGUCAGAGCUAUCUCGGAAGUUGCAGGAAAGUCGUUACCAUAUGAUGAUAUUAAGCAACUCCGUCAUAGGAUUUCUGAGAUCGCUCCACAUCUUGUUCGAUUCGGCGAUGUUGAACGAGCUGGUUAUCUUAAACAAGCUUUACAAAUAGCACAGACAUCGGCUGGUCCUGUUGAUAUGAAUGUGACACCUGCACAACACGUGUUGGCAGAUUUCUACAUAACUAAUGUCAUUUCACGUCAUUCACCGACGAUGGCGCAAGCGAAAAAGGCUGCUCUUAGAGACAUGUUUACAGAGUCGCCUUACUAUUAA